AUGGCAGCUGAGUUAUGGAAGUCAGAAAUAGAGAAACUUUUUCAAGUUAUGGGUUGUACUUCCAAGCAAUGUGUUACCUUAGCGACUUAUCAAUUGCAAGGAGAGGCAAAACAAUGGUGGAAGUCAGUUGUUCGUUUAGUAGAUCCAAAAUUUGUAUGGACAUGGGAUGCAUUUAAAGACCAGUUCGAUCGUAAGUUUUUUUCCGUAGCUGUUCGUCAUCAGAAAGCACAUGAAUUUGAUUCUUUGGUUCAGGGUGAGAUGUCUGUUGCUGACUAUAAGGCUCAUUUUAUAGAAUUAUCUCAUUUUGCUCCGCAUUUAGUAGCCACUGAUGAUUUAAAGGUGAGGAAAUUUGAGGAUGGUUUGCGUCCUAGUUUGCGAUCUCGAGUUAGAGGGUUUGAGUUGUCGACUCUUGAGGGAGUAAUAGCGAAGGCAUAG